GCGCUGCCGGUGGUGGUGGUCACCGGCCUGUCCGGCGCCGGCCGCACCACCGCCCUGAAGGUGCUGGAGGACAUCGGCUACGAGGCGAUCGACAACCUGCCGCUCAGCCUGCUCGGCCCGGCCGUGCUGGCCGGCCAUCUGGACCGCCCGGUGGCGCUGGGCGCCGACAUCCGCAACCGCGACUUCGCCGCGCAGCCCUUUCUGGAACAGCUCGACGCGCUGGUCGCCGAACCGGCGCUGGAGGUGAAGCUGGUCUUCAUGGACUGCGCCGACGAGGUGCUGCAGCGCCGCUUCACCGAGACCCGCCGGCGCCACCCGCUGGCCCAGGAGCGCCCGCUGGCCGACGGCAUCGCCGCCGAGCGCACCAUGACCGCGCCGCUGAAGGCCCGCGCCGACCUGGUGGUCGACACCUCCAGCCUGGCGGUGCCCGACUUCCGCCGCCUGAUGACCGGCCACUUCGGCCUGGGCGCCGCGGGGCUGGCGGUCUUCGUCACCUCCUUCUCGUUCCGCCAGGGCCUGCCGCGCGAGGCCGACCUGGUGCUGGACGUGCGCUUCCUGCGCAAUCCGCACUACGUGGAGGCGCUGCGCCCGCUGACCGGCCGCGACCGUCGGGUUGCCGACUACGUCGCCGGCGAUCCGGCCUUCGCGCCCUUCUUCGACAACCUGACCCGCCUGGUCGCGCCGCUGCUGCCGCGCUACGAGGCCGAGGGCAAGAGCUACCUGACCAUCGCCGUCGGCUGCACCGGCGGCAAGCACCGCUCCGUGGCCAUCGCGGAGAAGCUGGCGGCCUGGCUGCAGGACCGGGGCCGCCCGGUCACCCUGGGCCACCGCGACAAGCCGGGAGUCGGGCCCGGCGCUUGCGGCUGGCUUCCGCGCGCCGGGUGCGCUAGCCUCCGGCUCCUCAAGCAAGAGGCAGUUUCGCCGAUGAUCGGUCUUCUUCUGGUUACCCACGGCCGCCUGGCGCAGGAGUUCAUCUCCGCCAUGGAGCACGUGGUCGGGCCGCAGCCGCAGGUGGCGGCGAUCUGCAUCGGCCCGGACGACGACAUGGAGGCCCGGCGCGGCGAGAUCAUCGAGCAGGUCAAGGCCUGCGACGCGGGCGACGGCGUGGUGAUCCUGACCGACAUGUUCGGCGGCACGCCCUCGAACCUCGCGAUCUCGGUGCUCGACCAGGCCAAGGUCGAGGUGAUCGCCGGCGUCAAUCUGCCGAUGCUGAUCAAGCUGGCCAGCGUGCGCCAGACCGCCAGCCUGGCCGGUGCCGUCGCCCAGGCCCAGGAGGCCGGGCGCAAGUACAUCAACGUCGCCUCGCAGCUUCUGGCCGGCGAGGCGGCGGCGGACCCGGCGGGUGCGCGCGCCGAGCGGCGGGUGACCAUCGCCAACCAGCGCGGCCUGCACGCCCGCGCCGCCGCCAAGUUCGUCAAGCUGGCCGGCAGCUUCCAGGCCGAGGUCACGGUGACCAAGGGCCCCAACGCCGUCUCCGGCAGCUCGAUCAUGGGGCUGAUGAUGCUGGCCGCCGCCCCCGGCUGCGAGAUCCUGGUCGCGGCCAGCGGGCCCGACGCCACGGCCGCCGUCGAGGCCCUGGCCGAGCUGGUCGCCCGCAAGGCGGAGACGAAGGAACGGGUCUUCGAGGGGCUGGGCGUCUCCCCCGGCGUCGCGAUCGGGCCCGCGCAUCUGCGCGAGGGCGAGGUGGCGCGGGUGCCCGAGUACAGCGUCGCCGCCGCCAAGGUCGGCGCCGAGACCGCCCGCUUCGAGGCGGCCGUCGACAAGGCCGUGCGCCAGCUCCAGAAGAUCCGCCGCAAGUCCUCCGCGCUGCAUGGCGCCUCGGGCGAGGAGCUCGGCUACCUUCUGGAGGCGCACCUGCAGAUGCUCUCGUCGCGCCGGCUGCGCGAAGGGGUGACGGGGCGCAUCGCCAAGCGGAUCAACGCCGAGGCGGCGGUCGCCCGCGAGAUCGACGCCAUCGCCGGCGCCUUCGCCGAACUCGACGACGCCUAUCUGCGCAGCCGCGCCAGCGAGGUGCGCGAGGUCGGCCAACGCAUCCUGCGCAACCUCACCCGGCGCGGCUUCACCGGCUUCGGCGACCUCGACCCCGGCAGCGUCGUGGUGGCGGAGGAGAUCACCCCGGCCGACACCGCGCUGAUGGACCCGGUCAAGGUGGCCGGGUUCGCCUGCGCCCUGGGCGGCGCCGAGGGGCACACCGCGAUCAUGGCCCGCUCGCUGGGCCUGCCGGCGGUGCUCGGCGCGCCCGGCGUGGUCGGCGGCAUCGGCCCCGGCGACACGGUGAUCGUCGACGGCUUCGAAGGCCUGGUGAUCGUCAACCCGACGAAAAAGCGCCUGGCCGCCUACCGCAAGCGCCAGGCCGAGGAGGCCAGGCAGGUGCGCGCGCUGGCGCGGCUGCGCGGCCUGCCGGCCGAGACGCGCGACGGCACCCGCCUCCAGCUCCAGGCCAACCUGGAGCUGCCGCGCGAGGUCGGCCAGGCCACCGCCGCCGGCGCCGAGGGGGUCGGCCUGCUGCGCACCGAGUUUCUCUUCAUGAACCGCGACGACCUGCCCGACGAGGAGGAGCAGACCGAGGUGCUGACCGGCAUGGUGGCCGGGCUCGGCGGCCAGCCGGUGACCAUCCGCACCCUCGACGUCGGCGGCGAGAAGCUCGCCUCCUCCCUGGGCGGCCACCUGGGCGAGAGCGCCAACCCGGCGCUGGGCCUGCGCGCCAUCCGCCUGUCGCUGCGCGCGCCGGAGCUGCUGGAAGCCCAGCUCGCGGCGAUCCUGCGCGCCGGG